AUGAAAAAAAAAAAAAUUAUUUAUAUCAUUGUACCAAUAUGUAAUUUCAAAAAAAAACAGCACACAAUCAAUCACCACCAUUUGUUUUUUUUUUAUUUUUAUUUUUUUUUUUAUUUAUCACACCCAAAUAAAAAAAAAAAAAAUUGUGUGGUAUUGCAUUAUCUGUAA